CUCCGGCGGGGGAGCCGGAAGCGCGGCGAGGCGGAAGUGUCGUUGGGGAGGGGUGUGCGCGCGUGAGGAGCCGGGGCGCGGGGGCUGUUGCGCGCCGCGCUAGGAGCCCUGCGGCGGCGCCGAGCCGGCAGCGGCAGAUGGGAGGUGGCGGCAGCGGCGGGGCGAGCGGGCGGCGCCGCCGCCGCCGGUGAUGCGCGCCCCGCUGGGGCUGCGGGGCCCGGCGUCGAGGCGCUGAGCCGCCUGCGGGAGGGCGGGCGCGGCCGCCGGGAAGAUGCCGUGCACCUGCGGGAACUGGCGGCGCUGGAUCCGGCCGCUCGUGGUGCUGCUCUACAUCGUGGGGCUGCUGGUGGUGGUGCCGCUCUGCGUGUGGGAGCUGCAGAAGCUGGAGGUUGGAAUUCAUACCAAGGCAUGGUUUAUCGCUGGGAUAUUUCUACUGAUGACUAUACCAAUAUCUCUCUGGGGAAUACUACAACACUUAGUUCAUUACACUCAACCUGAAUUACAGAAACCAAUAAUAAGGAUUCUAUGGAUGGUGCCGAUUUACAGUUUAGACAGUUGGAUAGCUUUGAAAUACCCCAACAUUGCAAUAUAUGUGGAUACCUGUCGAGAAUGCUAUGAAGCUUAUGUCAUCUAUAAUUUUAUGGUUUUUCUUUCAAAUUAUCUAACCAACCGGUAUCCCAACCUGGUAUUAAUAAUAGAAGCCAAAGAUCAGCAGAGACAUCUGCCUCCCCUGUGUUGCUGUCCAUCGUGGGCUAUGGGAGAAGUUCUGUUAUUUAGAUGUAAACUGGGUGUUUUGCAGUACACUGUUGUUAGACCAUUUACUACCAUUAUUGCUUUAAUUUGUGAACUAGUGGGAGUAUAUGAUGAAGGAAACUUCAGCUUCAACAAUGCUUGGACUUACUUGGUUAUACUUAACAACAUGUCACAGCUAUUUGCUAUGUAUUGUUUAGUGCUGUUUUAUAAAGUACUCCGUGAAGAACUGAACCCUAUCCAGCCUGUUGGCAAGUUCCUUUGUGUGAAGAUGGUAGUUUUUGUUUCUUUCUGGCAAGCUGUUCUUAUUGCAUUGUUGGUGAAAAUUGGUGUUAUUUCUGAGAAGCACACCUGGGAAUGGCAAAGCGUUGAAGCUGUGGCUACAGGCCUACAGGAUUUUAUCAUCUGUGUUGAGAUGUUCCUGGCUGCUAUUGCUCAUCACUACAGUUUUUCCUAUAAACCUUAUGUCCAAGAAGCUGAAGAAGGGUCAUGCUUUGACUCCUUUCUUGCAAUGUGGGAUAUUUCUGAUAUAAGGGCAGAUAUAUCAGAACAAGUUCGAAAUGUUGGAAGGACAGUUUUGGGCCAGCCAAGGAAAAUAUUUUUUGCUGAGGAUCAUGAACAAAAUGAGCAUACAAGUUUACUGUCUUCAUCUACUCAAGACCCAAAUUCUGAUGCUGCUUCAAUGCCAUCUUCACCCAUGGGUCAUUACCAGGGGUUUGGACGCACUGUGACACCUCUCACAACACCCACGACAGUCCCUAUAGUUGAUGGUAUUUAUAACACUGCUGCUAUUCAGGACACUGAGUCACCUGAACUACAGCACAGCUUGUCAGAGAGAGCUUUGGAUAAAAGUUAAACUCACCUUUUCUUUCAACGUGUCAAGGAGUCUCUUAUGUACUUGCCACACAUGUCCUUAUACAUGUACUACUACUGAUGAAAGUUGAGAAUACCUGGGAAAAGCUACGGCGCAGACAGGAAGAGGAUAUGGCUAUAAUUGACACUAAUUUUGAAUUUAUAAUGGAUAUAUCUGUGGUACCCCAUGAAAACAAAACACGCACACCAUAAAUUUCUGCACAAACUUACCAAUCAAUUCCUUAGACUGCUAAACUUUUACACACCUAUAUUGCACAAAAGGACAAGUAUAUUGAACUUAAACUGACUUUUACUACUACAAAAGAUGUAUUUGGAAAAAUACUCUUCUAAUACAUGAAGUAUGUUACUAGUAAUGAGAUAAAUUAAUUUCAAGAACAUACUUAAAGGCAGUCAGUAGCAGAAACUGCUUGUAUUAGCUUUGGUUGUCCUCUUAUGAUGGUAACUUCCAUAUCCUAGUGCUCAGUAGAGUAGGGAAGAAAUAGUAACUUCUGUACACGUGCCAUCUUCUUCCCUUUCCCACACAGCUAACUAGAACCCCUUUCAGGAAGAUAAUUAUUACAAAGCAUCAGUAAAGAAUCUGGAAAAACAAAGCAUUCCCUACAGGCCUAGCUAUAAAAUCCCAUGCCCAGAACAUUAAGCUGGCAUAUCUGUUGUUCUUGUAGCUCAUAAUUUCUUGCUAGUCUCUUACAUUCAGAGUAGUCAGCCACAAAGGUAUGUUUUGGAUGAAUACCUUACACUUGACUUCUUUUUAAAGUGAGAAUAAUGGUUAUGACCUUAAAGCAUAUUGGGGAAAAACUAAAGCAUGUCAAAAUGGAAAUAGAAAACAAAAUUGACUUGUUUUGGGUUGCAAUAAAUUCUUUAACACUUAAGACUCUUUUUUUUUUUUUUAAGCUGUUAAAGCAGGAUAUCCUGAUGAUGCCUCUGUAGCAAUUUGUAUUCAUAAAUUUGUGUAUGUGUGGGUAUUGUGUUAUGCUUCUGGUAUAGCCUGAAUGCAAAUUUAAUAGUUGAUUUUAUUUCUUUUUUUUAAUUGGUUUUUUUUCCCCUCCCCUCCUAGGGAGGAAGAGAUGUUGGCCCUGGUAGAAUUAAGUAGCUAGUCUAAUACUGGAGUUACUAGCAUUAGAUUUCAGACCAAUAAAAAGUACACUUGUAUCAAAAUGUUACUAUUUUGCAAAACUGACAGAAUAAGAGGGCUGUUGUUUUUUAUCCCAUUAACAGACUUUAAUUAGUAUUGCAUGUUUGCAAUCUGACAAAAAAAAUAGCACACUGAUACUUUAAGUGAAAUCUGCAAUUUCUUUUUCAGCAUUGUUGCCAUUUACAGAGUAAAUGUUUAAUUUCUGGUUGUUUUGGUGAACUCAUCUUAAGUGCUUUUUGCAGUACUAGUGUGAUGUAAAUACUGCGCCUUACUCACUAGGCUGCGUAUUUUAUAGUUGACUAUGUACUUGCUGUAUCUGAAGUUAGUGGGAAAGUGCAAAUCAUACUUUUCAAGUUGCUGAGUCAUUGCCUUUGUAAAUAAAUAAGCAAAUAAAGAUUUUAUUUAAACUGC